GUCGUGUGGAACUAUAUACACACACUUACAGCCUUAUCUCUGUCCUAGAGGCGUAGUAAACUCUCCAAACUCAACCUUCUGUCUGUACAGCUAAUCAUUGAUUGGAUCACUAGAACCAAUGCAGCUUGCAAAGUUUCUGGUUCAGUCUUUUCUGGGUUUUGACAAUCUCCAGAGACACACUGAAAACCUGACAUCCCCUCUGAAGGCCUUCAGCAUGCUGAGACACUAACCACAACUUCCUCUGUCACAACAGAACACAGUAGCAGGUGCAUCGACCAUGUAGCUGUAAGAAGACAAGUUCCUACAUACCCGCCAAAACUGCAAUGGGUUGCUGACUUUAUGCUGAGGAGCUGAAGACUUCAGGAGACAGAACAAAAAAGAAAUAAAGAAGAGCCCAGGGGAGUCAUCUUAUCCAAACCACAAAACAAAGAAUCAUUGAAAUGUCAAGAUUUUAAUGGAAAACCAAGUGCAUCUGGACAUGAGAGGAUUAUAGUUGUGCUGCUUGGUCCGUUUUCCCAGAGCUGCAAGAUUGCCAAUUUGAACAAGUUCUCAGACAAAAAGACAGUUCUUUGGAAAACAAAGUAUCACAUUCAGUGUUCUGUUGUGUUUUUGGCAUUUGACACUUGACAGGAGGUUAUUACGUUUGUUUACAAUCAGACAAUGGACUUGUCCGUGCUCUCUGUUCCAGCAAGUGAGUACAGCAAGCAGAGGACUGGCGUACCCUUCACUGUCCGUUCAGCAAGCUCACCCUCCUACCGCCUCACUCGCAGGCCUGGAUUUAGGAAACAAGCAGGUAUAUCGCAGGAGGUAAAGAGGACCACCAAGGAGGAUGAGGAAAGCCAGCCAUGCAGGAAGGAAGAAAGCAGCUAUUUUUUCACACACAGUGGCAUAAAGAAAGAGGACCACACAAUUCCAUGGUCCCAACGCACUCGUGAUACAGGUCAAUGUAAGGAGGAAACAUCAGGCCACAACAUAUUUACCAAGGUGAGCCAAAAUGAUGCAACACAGAGAACAAGCACAGUGUCCACUUUUGAUAGAAAUGGAAUUUAUAACCGUGUAUGUGAAAGACAGGGAAGAACAGAGUGGAGGUCACACAAUCUGCCAAGCAGAAGCAAAAGCUUAGAAUGGGGAAAAGGGAGAAGCGGCCCUGUUAAAGUUGACCCGCCAGUGUUGUCAAGCAAACCAGGAUGCUUCAUUAGUAAAGAGGCUGAAAGCAUAGAAGAAAGGAGGCCAGGAGACAGAGUCAACUGCACAAUGGGUGGGUUGGUGCCUUCAGUGAAGACCUAUGACCCCCCAUUGACAUAUCAAUCAUUGGGGAGGGUUAGUAGAGGUCAUUCUCUCCCUUCCAGGCUGAGGCCCCAAGUAAAUUCAUUGGGGGUCCCAGGAGGUCAGAGUAUAUCAGAGCGAAUAGAGAAACUCUACGGGUCUGCCGGGUUAUGUAGAACUGACAAUUCCAACAGAAUGAGAAACUCUACAACUGGGACAGACCAGUCCUUGUUAGAGCAGGAUGGACAAACUACCACCUCCUAUUGUAGAGGAAGACCCACAAAUGUCGACAUCUCCCCAAUUUCCAGACAGAAGAGGAGUUUGUCAUAUGAGAGGACAUCAGGGGGAACCUUCCCCCGGUAUUACUCAAAAGGUGACAAGGCCAGUACUAGUCCAGUCCAAAGUAGGAUAUCAUUCUUGACAACUCAUAAAGACAUAAACAGUUCGGGUCCUGGUAGUUCUGUUUCUUUAGGGGCAACAGAGAGAGCACCAGUGGGACAAUGGCAAGGCUAUAACCAGGGUAAACAUCCAGAGGAAGGGGAAACUUACUGGGACAGAAAGGGUUUGAACACUGGCACGAGGUCUCUGGAUAGGGCCAGGAGCAAAUUCACUGUAGCAGCUCAGAUUAGAGCUACACGGGCUGCAGAAGGAGUUAAUGGACCUCUACAGUCCAGCAGUUACUUAGAAAGAAGAUCAAAUUCAUUUAGAGAGCCAUCUGAGUUCAGAGAGAUAAGUAAGGAUGUGAUGAAAGAUGAUGAGGAAAAAGGUAGAAAAUUGCAAGAAAGACAUGCCCAUGAAAUCUUAAAAUCAGAGAGUGCUACAAACACAAAUGAUGUCAUACAAGAAGAACAAAAGAAGGAAGACCUUAACACUGAAGAAGAUGUAUUUGAGUCAAAUGCACAUAAAGUCACAUUGAAAACCACAGAGAAUAAGUUGUUUCCAGAAUUGUGGGCUUUUCCCUCUGCAGCCAGCGUGAGAAACAAGAUCAAUCAGUUUGAGGCUCUAACACAAAGAGCAACAGGCCAGUUACCGAUGCCAAUACGGUCUUUUUCUGUACCAGCACAAUUUACUGUGACCCAUGAUGGGGUGAAAAAGAGUGCAUCUGUAAAAGCAUUAGGAGGACUGAGAGAAAAGUGCGAUGCAUUGAAGGAAAGUGGUGAAGCAUGCAAUAAACCAGACAUGAAUGCGACCACAAAAGAAAAGAAGUUUGAGUCAGAAAAAGUGGAAGAUGAGAUCAAAUCUGAUACACAGGCAGAAGACAAAGAAGCUGAGAGAGAACCAAAACUGAAUUCUGUAGACAAGGUUGAGCUUGGGUUGGAAAAUCAAGAAAGACGAGAGAACAAUAUCAAGGAUAAGGAAGAAAAGAAAAUAAAGAGUGACAAUGAUUUUGUUGAUGAUCUUGGUAACUAUUCCAGACUUAACGACACAUGUGAGAUCCCUCCAGAUGGAGGAGCAGAGAGUCAAAGCAAUGAACAUGCCAUCAUAGAUGAGCCGGAUUUCUUCAGAGUCUCAAGCCCAGAAGAACCAAAUGACAGAGAUGUCAGCACCAAGAGUUCACCAUCCUCAUUUCAUGAUGCGUCCACCAGUUUGCUUCUUUAUCCUGAGGUCUUUGGUGAUCAGAAAAUACCUCCUUCUGGGAAUAUGUCACCAGUCAGUGAUGGUGACACGACUCCAACAAACCCUCCAAAUGAGUCACCCUUCCUUUUCAACAGCGCACAACCCAAAAAUACCCUUGUAGUUGCAGAAAGUAAAACUGAAAGCACUCCAGAUCUUACAGAUGAAGAUAAUACCACUGAAGAAGACCUCCCCUUGCCCCUUGCCUCCUCAUCUGACAAGAACUUCCCGGAUGUCUUCUGUCCAAUUGUCAGCACCCCUUCUGUGGACAGGGAGGAACAGGAUGCUCACAUCAGUGUUUGGGUAGCAGGCUUGAACUCAAAGAUUAAGAGCUGGAAAUAUGAAGAUGAUGACGACGAUGAUGACAGCACUCAGAAAGAUGAAGAUUCAAACUAUGACUCAGACUCUGCUGAGUCCUCGGUGACUAUCACUAGUACCACGAGUCACUCAGAUCGCAAGAGCUUCUGCGUCAGUCUUGCCGAUCUGUACAACUUUGCUGGGACUGACUAUGAGUCAGAAAAUGACAGUGAUGAAUGGCGCUCAACAAGUCGACGGUCUGCAUCACUGAGCUCAGACAUGUCCGCUCUAUCCUAUGUGUCUGUGCUGUCCACUGGGGAGCUUGACAGACUACUGGAGGAUGUCAGAGGACUUGAAGACAGCACACUGGACUGUGAUGAUGUUCAGGUGGUGGUUCUCCAUAAAGAGAUGGGUGUAGGAUUGGGCUUCAGUUUGGCAGGAGGUGUGGACCAGAACAAGCCUAUUACUGUCCACAAGGUGUUCCGCACAGGUGUGGCAGCCCAGGAGGGCUCUAUCAAGGAAGGGGCCCAGGUCUUAUCAAUCAAUGGCACAGUACUAUGUGGCUAUGCCCACUGGGAAGCCUUGAGGAUUCUAAGGAGGACAAAGACCCGUGAGCUGGGUGUAGUGGUCCUAAGGAGGGGAGAAGUUUGCCAUACCCCUAAGAAAGGGGCAGAGGCAAACAAUCUAGAACCAGUACAGGCGCAGUUCCUUGGAACAGGGCGACAUGUCUAUUUGCGCCUGGAAAAGAAUGACAGGGAUCUAGGCUUCAGUCUGGAAGGAGGUGUGGGCUCCAGUUUGGGAAACAGGCCACUCAUCGUGCAGAAGAUCUUCCUGGGAGGUCCGGUUGACAAGGUGUGUCCUGGUGAUGAGGUGCUGGAGAUUCAGGGUGUGAAUGUGGUGGGGAUGAGACGCCUGGAGGCCUGGGCUUUCAUCCGAAGACUGCCGCCUGGGCCUGUGGAUGUAGUACUGCACCGACCUUUCAAACGCUCGGAACAAUAGCUUCUUACAGUGUAAAGAUCUGUUUAAAACGAGUCAUUAUGAUGAAAGUCAAACAAUAAAUGUAACAAUCCUCAUGACCUAGUUAAAUCACAACAAGGUUUUUAGCAACAGUAUUUUAGAAGUAGUACCUAACUUUAAGAGCUACAUGUUCCACAAUGACUGGGCUAAGUGAAGAAAAUGUAUGUAUGUAUGUAUGUAUGAAUACAUAUGGAUGGAUGGAUGGAUGGAUGGAUGGAUGGAGGUUCAUAUACAUAAUUUAGUCAAGUUAAACUCUGUAAUAUGAUACCUUUACAUGAAACCUGCCAACGCUAUUGUACAUGUUAUAUAUUAUGAAUAGAAACUAACUGUAUUAAGAGUUUAUUUUGCUUUUUAAUAAAUCCUAACUCAAACUUG